ACGGCUCUUGGUGAUGAUCUCAUCAGCUCGCGCCCGGAUGAGACUGAUCUGUCGGCUAAAACAAACUCCGUCCGAGAAAUGAGGGGCUAAAUCUAGAUGGGAUGGAGAUUAUCAAGAGCUGGACGCAGUCAGUUCGACAGGAUAUAUGUCCAGAAUUUUCAAGAGGGACUAACGAGAUCAAAAGUAGUGCUGGGAAAUACAUUCGUGGGCAAGUUUGCUAGUUAGCCGUCGUUAGCUCGACAAGUAACGUUACAGGCAGUGUUGUAAAUAAAGAAAUCGUCUGACGCUUUUAUCCCCAAGUACGUUACAUAUUCACUUGUUUUCAGUUUUUCUGGAGAUUGUUAAAUACAAGUAUUAAGGUAGGAAAAUUAAAUCAACUAAUGUCAACGAACUGCAUAGGCCAAGAUAAGAAGUGAUUAAACAUUGACAGGCCUGUUGUUACUGGCCAUAAAGGGUUAAGUUAUAUUUUAAGGGGGCUAAAAGAACAGGUUGUCGAAAAACAUACCUCUUUAAAUGAGGGGAAACUGGAUCAUGAGAGAAAAGCAUAGAUGUGGUGGGGUUGUCAUGGCUCUGGCAGCUGUGAUCUUUUCUUGCCUUAUGAUUGGAGUCACUGGUCAAGAUGGACAGGCAAUGACUGCAGAGGAAAAGUCCAAAAUCAGGGACCAAAUUCUAGAGAUGUUUGAUCAUGCCUAUAACAGUUACAUGGACUAUGCCUACCCAGCAGAUGAGUUGAUGCCCCUCAGCUGUAGAGGAAGGGUGAGAGGGCUGGAACCCAAUCGAGGGGACAUUGAUGACUCUUUGGGAAAGUUCUCUUUAACAUUAAUAGACACUUUAGAUACUCUUGUGUUGUUAAACAAACUGGAUGAAUUUGAGGAGGCUGUGAAGAAGACCGUGCAAGACGUCAGAUUUGAUAAUGACAUAGUCGUCUCUGUCUUUGAGACCAAUAUCCGUGUGCUGGGUGGCUUGUUGGGUGCACAUGUCAUGGCAGAUGUUCUAAAGCAGCGUGGAGAGAGGAUGCAGUGGUACAGAGAUGAACUGCUACACAUGGCUAAAGAACUGGGCUGCCGCCUCCUGCCUGCCUUUAACACCACCAGUGGCCUUCCUUAUCCUCGGGUAAAUUUGCGCUAUGGAGUCGUCAGCCCCCUUUCUCGUACAGGAACGGAGUCGGACACUUGCACUGCUUGCGCAGGCACCAUGAUUCUGGAGUUUGCAGCUCUCAGCCGACUGUCUGGGGACCCAAUAUUCGAGGAACAUGCUAGGAAAGCUAUGGACGUCCUCUGGGAGAAGAGGCAAAGAGGAAGUGACCUUGUCGGCACUGUGAUCAACAUCCACAAUGGAGACUGGGUUCGCAGAGAUAGUGGUGUUGGCGCUGGAAUUGACUCUUAUUAUGAAUACUUGAUGAAAGCUUAUAUUCUUCUUGGAGACAAGGUGUACCUUGACAGAUUCAACACACACUAUAGUGCCAUUAUGAAGUACAUCAGCCAACCUCCUCUGCUGCUCAAUGUGCACAUGCACAACCCCACCGUAAAUGUGCGAAGUUGGAUGGAUUCCUUGCUCGCCUUCUUCCCUGGACUACAGGUGCUGAGAGGAGACUUGAAACCUGCUAUUGAGACGCAUGAGAUGCUGUACCAAGUGACUAAACAGCACAAUUUCCUCCCAGAGGCCUUUACCACCGAGUUCAGAGUUCACUGGGGCCAGCACCCGUUGAGACCAGAGUUUGCCGAAAGCACAUAUUUCCUUUACAAAGCCACAGGGGAUCCUUACUACUUGAAAGUAGGCCAGUCUAUAGUGGAGAAGCUGAACACUCAUGCUCGGGUGCCCUGUGGCUUCGCCGCCGUACAGGAUGUGAGGACAGGAACGCAUGAGGACAGGAUGGAUUCCUUCUUCCUGGCUGAGAUGUUUAAGUACCUCUACCUGCUCUUCUCAGAGAAGACCCAGUUGCCUAUAGACAUUGAUGAUUAUAUUUUCACUACUGAGGCUCAUUUGCUCCCAGUAUCUCUGUCUACGACCCAACCCUCCUGUCAUACCAACAACACGGAACCUCAAGCUCAUAAAGACGAUUUAUUUUCAUACUCGUGCCCUAGUGCUCAAACCCUGUUCCCUAACAACCCCACCUUUGCCAAGACUAUCAGGGACAGCUAUAAAUACCUCACUGGUUUGGGGAGAACCCAGCAGUCCUCACCUGUCAGGGGGAUUGAACUGCCUCUUCAUGACACAGGCCUGGAGCCAAUUGAGUUUCUGAAAAGCAUGGGCAUCUCUCUGACGCCCCUUUCUGAGCUGGUCUCCGCCAGCCAAGGCUUCGCAUCUCAGAAUCUGGACUCUUCUUUUAUGAAUGUUCCCAUAGAUCACAGAGAGGGCAGCAGCAGUGCCGAGACUCCACUGUUCCAGAUGGUUGGAGAUGGAGAACCUACAGAUGACAUCACAGUUCCCCUGGUGUUCCUCUUCAGUAAAGAGGGAGCUACACUCACUGCCGCUCUGCAAGAACAUCACAAUGUGGAUGUCCUCCUGCUGCCCAAAGAGAAAAAAAUAGGAAAAGAAAAACCUGAGAAGUUAAAUAUUAAGUUCCGUUUAGCAAAGGAAGAGUUUGCUGAGGGUGAGAUGGAAAGCACUACCAUCCACCUGGUGCUAGAGCAAAGCGAGACUGCCACAGAGAUGAACACUGAGGCCGCAUCGUUGACCGGUAAAAGCCAGGAGACCUGCAGUUCUCCGCAGAAAGACCCUGAGAGCAGCCCCUGACUGCGGGAUCAGCUGCGACCACGGUCCCCUUCACAGAACGCAGGGCUUUUGCUCCCUGUCACUGAUCUCCGAUCAGAAAAUGCAG